GGCAGGGUGUAUUAAGUUCCCCGCGAGAGGUAGUGGGGAGGGGGCUGUGUUGUGGGCGCCAGGGGCUCUCCGGGGUGGCCAGGCUCCGUGGGGCAGGGGUCCCGUGGGGCAGUUCCGCGGCAGGGCAGGUGCGUGGGGCGGGGCCAUGCAGAAGGAGGAGCUGGGGAUAGACGAGAACCGCGACCCCGAGCCAGAGCCGCGGCUGCUGGGGCUGAAGAAGGAGAAGUGCCGACCCGAGGGGCUGGAGGGGCAGCUGCACAACCUCACCAACCGCCUCCCAGCAGGCACCUGGGAGGCCAACGGCCACGGCCCGGAGGCUGCGGAGGGAGGUGCCCCCCUGAGCCCCUCCAACACCCUCAACAUCCGCAACCUGCAGCUGUCGGAGCGCGAGGCGGGGCCGCCCGCCCCCCCCCGCUACCCUCACCGCUACCACCCCCACCCCCGGCCCUUCCCCGCCGCCCACCGCCGGAGCUACCGCCCCGGGGCCAAGGAGUGGGGGCCCAGCGCCAAUGGGCACGGCCCCGGGGAGGGGCGGGGGGGCUGGGCUUUCCGCCGGCGCCCCCUCCCUGAGCCCCCCCGCAGCCCAGAGCGCGCCGGCCAAGCCCCGCAGGACGCCGAGAAGGCGCCGGAGCCGUGGGCCCUGUUCCGCCCGCCGCCGGCGUUCCCCGUGGACAGCAGCCGCGCCCGCACCCUGCCCAAGAUCAGCUACGCCAGCAAGCUGAAGGAGAACCUGGAGCGCCAGCCGGCCCGGGUGCCAGCCUCCGCCCUGCGCACCGCCGGCCCGCUGCCCAACGGCUCCCCGGCGCUCGGGGCCAUCUUCCAGAACCAGUGGGGGCUGUGCUUCAUCAACGAGCCGGGCGCCGGGCAGCCCCCCGGCCGGGAGCAAACGGCGCCCGCCACAGGGCACAGCCGGGACUGCUGGCAACACAUGAGCCACGAGGACUGGGAGGAGGCGCGGGACUAUCAUGCGGAAGCAUGGGAUCAUAUAUGGAAGCUGCACAGACAAGCUCCCAGCAGAGUCACGGUCUACGCUGACCCCCUGGACGGCAAGGGUUAAACGGGGGCUGUCGCUGUGAGCCAGGCGGGGGAGGGCCAGGACCCCCCCGAAGACUCACCGCGGCGCAGCGCGGAGCCGGUGGGAUCCAUGGGGAGGCCCAGCCCCUGGCCCCCCCGUGCCGGUUUGACGACGGUCGUCCCGGUUUGUUGUUCCGGCCCCAGCGAGCUGCGGCUCGGGGCUGCCGCAGAUUAAAGGCAAAACAAAUUUAUUUAAA